AUGGAAGAAUCUAAGGAAAUGCAAUUUAUCAAUAAUGAUGUUACAGUCAUUGAAGCGUGCAGCGAGACAAAAGUGAAGGUAGAUGAAUCUGAAAAGGAACUACCAAAUAGGGGUCAGCUUCUUAAAUCCAUGGCUGUGGUUUCUAUGGGAAAGGAUGGUGACAAUUGGGUGGAGUUAGUGGCUUUUUCAUCGCUGGAAGCUGCUGAUGUGAAGCUAGUUGCAAUUGAGGGCAAAGACAUGGAUUCUGAUUGUAUGAAUCUCGAUUUGAUAACUAUGCUUCUGAUGGACACUUUGGCAAUUUCUUUACAGCUUCCAACUGAAUCUUCUGUUGCUACAGCUCCAACCACGACACCAGCUUCUCCAUCUUUACCAACACCUUUUCUUGCACAGCCACAAAAUCACCCCACCACAGAUUCUUCCAAACCAUUGUCCAGUACGUUAGCUUCACCAGUUGUUCCUUCUGUUCAAAAUUCAAAAACAUCCACAGUAAUCCAUUAG